AUGAUGAUGAACCAGGCGAGGGUGGUCUCAACUGGGACUACUGAUAAUGGAACAAUACAGUAUGACGAAGUCGACGAAACAAAGCGUUGGUUUAAUCGACGAUUCUGUUUUCUCUCAGUUAUUGGACUUGCCGUUUUACUUCUCGCAAUGGUUGUCAUUGUUAUUAUUGUUUUGUUGCUAACGCAGUUGAGAGCUGCAAAUGCAAAUGCGGCGAAUGUAAUGAGUUCUUCAAAAACUCAAAUGGAAGAGUUGACAAGGAAACUGACGCAACCAUUAGAACAACUCGGUCCUACACUCGAAAAGCUAUCCAAUAUGCCUGGAAUCCCGGGUGGAUUCUUUCCUUCAACUCCUCAACCAUCACCUGGUGUUCCUCCGAUUAGUCCAAUUGUAACUGGUCCGAACACAACUCCGGAACCACCGAGAAGAUCUCCAAAAGCGAGAUAUGAAUGGAAGGGAUGCCAGAAUGUGGGAAAAUGUGAACUCUCAGGCUACAACAAACCACCACUUGUCAUUUUGAGUUUGGAUGGUUUCGCCAGAGAAUAUGUCGACAGAAACAUCGUUCAAACCCUCAAUCAUAUUGCGGAAUGUGGAGUGAAAGCUGAUAUAGUGUACCCGUCAUUCCCAUCGAAGACAUUCCCAAAUCAUUAUUCCAUCGUUACGGGACUCUGGCCAGAAUCUCAUGGAAUCACUGAUAACAGUGUAUUCGAUCCGACGAUCUCUCCAGUUUUAGAGUCAAUGAAAAGUACAAAAUACGACAAGUUUUUCGAAGGAGAGCCAAUCUGGUCAGUAUACAAACGGAAAACCGGAAAGAAAGCAAAUUGUCUAUUCUGGGUUGGAUGUGCAUAUAACAACAGUGGAUAUCCUCCAGAUAUUGCUCCUGCUUAUAAUCAAGAACUUCCAUUCAGAAAUCGAAUUGAUAUGGUUGUUGACUGGCUUAAGCUGCCAGUUGAUGAGAGACCGGGACUCAUCACGGCAUACUUACAUGAACCAGAUAAUGCAGGACAUUAUCAAGUAGCCGAUGAAGAUGUUGAUGAGAAAUUAGCAGAGAUUGAUGAUAAUUUGGAUUAUUUAAUGAGCCGAUUGAGUGAAGAAAAGCUGUUGGAAUGUAUCAAUUUCGCGAUUCUAUCUGAUCACGGAAUGCAACUUAUUGACAAAACAUACUACUUCCAAGAUUAUCUGGACUUGAAGGGGUUGAUUACUGCAAAGGGUGUUGUAGGCAGAUUCUAUAUUAAUUCUACUAAUAUAUCAGUGAAUGACGUGGCGGAUAAAGUUCGAUGUAAGAUAGAAAGUGUCAAAGCGAAUACGAGAGCUGACAAUCCAACGAGAAAACAUUAUUCGAGAGAUGCCAGAGUUGGAGAAAUUUUAUUGGAGGGAAGAGCUGGAAUCACUUUUUAUAAAAGCAAAGAAGAUGACUACGAGCUAUCCGGAGAUCAUGGAUACGACUAUUUUAAUCCAAAAAUGCAUACAAUUUUCUUUGCUAGAGGGCCUUCUUUUAAACAGAAUAUGACAAUUUCUCCAUAUCAGAAUGUGCAAUAUAUGAAUCUUUGGAUGAACCUUCUUGGCAUUGAAGGAGCAGUGGAAACUAAUGGAACUAUCGGAUUUUUUGAUAAUAUUCUGACAAAUCCACCAAGAAGAGAGAAUCCAACUAAUGUAAUUGGAGAAUGUCCAAUGAUAGCGUUUCCAUCUGCUCUCAAUUGUUCUGGAAAUGUGGAACCACAGAUAUUGAAUCAAUUAUCUGCAAAACUGACGAGUUGUGCUUUCUCUCCGUCCAACAUUCCAUUGUAUUCUGACAAACAUUGCUUCCAAAAUUAUUGCGAGAAUACUGUAGUUGUUAGUAGGAACGGAAAUAAUGACAAACGGAGAGCAAUAAUUGAAAUAUUGUCACGAGAUGAAGCAUCGACUCCAUCGAAUUUCACUUUUGUGAAUGCGAAAUAUCAGAACUCGUGUCCAGAUUCAGUCUCACCAAAUAGUUUAACGAUUCUCAAGAACUCUCAACUGAGCAGUAUGGCUGAUGCACUUCUAUCCUUGCCGAAUAAUUUCAUUUUGAAAGUAAUGGAUCCUCUUCAAGCAAAAUCAAUAGAGUAUUUAAACAAGUAUGAGAAAAUGUACGUUAUUUCGGGAACAGCUUCGGAUGCAAAUCAUGAUGGAGUUGCAGAUUUUAAUGGCUCUAUCAUCACUCACAUCUACCGAAUAUUUCUGAUCUGCAAAUCCAAUUGGCUCUCAAUGAACCCUCCACUCUGCACUGAUUCAGAUGCAAUGCAGACUUUGUCUUUCAUUUUCCCAAUUACUGAACAGUCUACGAUAGAUUGCAUGAGUUCUGAUGGCGUUCUACUAGACUACACAGCUACGAUAUUUGAUGUCGAACGGAUCGCAGGAUUCCAAUUCGGACUUGGAGCACUCACUCAGAAUCAGAAUACAAUCCUUCGACGAAGGAUAUCAACUGAACUUUGGUGA